AUAAUCACUGCUUUUGGAUUAUGUUGCUGCUGUCGUUGGUGCUGAACUGCUGAGGCAUUGGGAUCCCGAUCUGAUUUUGUGGUCGAGUCUGCUGACAAUCCAGAGAGAAUGAUUUCGAUCGCAAUGACACUGAAAACAAUAGUCUUUCCUGUGCCUGAUUUUGCCUGCGCAAUCAGGUCUAACCCCAAUCUGCCCAAAGGAAUAGUCUUAAGCUGAAUAGGCGAUGGCUUUUGGUAUCCAGCGUCAACUAAACCUUUCAAAAGUACUGGGUGUUGUACCAAUGAUGAAAAGUCGAGAUCCUCAUUGAUGAGAACAUCUUUGGAAUGGAAUUGUUCAGACGUCAUGUCAUUGUCGCCUUAAGCUGAUACCGAUGCUGCCCCAACAAUGAAGAGAAUGAAGAGUUGAAAAAAGAAAAGCGUGUUAACAAGCAUGUGGCUGAAAAAAAGUCCUCCUCUCUCGACGGGACUGUCAACGACUCUGGUCACAAGUAUAGCCCAUUCAUUGUUCAUGACCUGUAUACUCCACAUCUUUACUCUGGUCACGCCUCUUACUCGCCUUUCGGCUUCCGUCUUAUUGUUGCGGCUUCAGCAGAACACUCCCACAAAGCGCUUCAAAGACACAUAUUCACUUGUCUAUAAAAAGACCCACAUUCGCUUGACCAUGGAAGCAAACUGGGGCUCCAAGGUAGGCCUUAUCGUCGAUAGCACCCUUGUCACAGUCUAUGAGAGAAACCGUUGCAAGGCCAAUGGCCUUAGCUAUGCCUCACAGGACAAAACUAUCGAGAAAAACAUGUCACGUCUCAGAGAAGGACUACAAAAUCUCGAAGCUGAACUUUCUCAGGCUGAACAAACUGCCUCACUGCCGUCUAAAGAGCUUGCAAAUCGAGAAGAUAUCCUCAUCAAAUUACAGCAGCAGCUAGAGAAAUUGGAGGCACUGCUUCAGGACAAGGACGAUGCUAAUGCAAGGGCUGUGCUGCUUGGUCUGAACCAAAACUCGACAAAACACACUCGGUCAAAAGUAGUGCGGUUUUCAGAACACGAAGUUGAAGUAGAUAAUCUUGACAAUGGCCAGAUGCUUCAAUUACACCAAAGAAUUAUGGAUGACCAGGAUCAAAAUUUGGAUCGCCUAAGUCAGUCCCUGAAUCGACAACAGGAACUGGGUUUGAUAAUUGGUGGUGAGCUGGAUACACAUAUGGAUCUCUUGGAAGACACAGAUCACCUCGUGGGCCGAACAGAGAGCCAUCUAGGGAUUGCACGGAGACAGCUGGCAAAGGUGGCCAAAGGAACAAAAGGCUGUGAGUCUUGGAUGAUUAUCUUAGUACUGGUAGUCAUUCUUAUCAUUGUAAUCAAGAUCUAGUUACUGUGACCUAUGGAUGACUUAUAGAUUCGUGUGUAGAUAUCAUUUGUUGCACAGGCCUGGCAUGCAAUACUUCAUUCGCGUAGUUGCUAUUUACCCAUUGCGCAGACCAUACAUGUAGUGCUUAAUUCGAAUGUGAAUGCGCUGAUCCCAGCCACCAGCAUGAAAUAAAAUGCGUAGG